UUCAAUACCUAACUACCUAAUGUAUGACCGUCUUCACUAACAUUUUCCCUCUCUUCACUGCGUGCCAUCAUCCCUUCUAUAUACCUCUCCAUCACCCACCCGUUGCGACCGAUCGCAUUCCCGUCUGCAUCCUGGGCUUGCGCCGGCACUUGUCAUCAUCAUGAGGUUACACUACUACUCCUCCAUCUUUAAUCUAUUGGCAUUGGCGGCUGCCUCGGUCAUUCCUGAGAAGUUGCAGCAAGCCGGCACCGCACGACAAGCAACCCCAUUUACGCCUUCACGACCCGUCACCAUUCGCCAAAGAUCUCGAGCCCGGCGGCAGACCAGCAGCGUAGACGUCACCUUCAACGAGCUCUCCGAGACCGCAUGGGGCGAGACAAUACAAGUCAUCGGCUCGAUAUCGCAGCUCGGAACCUGGGAUACCAGUAACGCCAUCUCGCUCGACGCGGCGCAAUACACAAGCACCAAUCCUCUAUGGUCGGGCACGAUCAGCAUACCAGCGGGGACCAGCUUUUCGUACAAGUACCUCCGAAUCGGCACGGACGGCGCAAUCACUUGGGAGGCAGGCUCUGAUCAUUCGUUCGUGGUGCCCAGCAGCGGCAACGCAGUGAUCUCCGACACGUGGCAAUCGGACACUACGAUCACCAGUAGUGUGCCUGUGGUACGUGCUCCUGAUGCGACGUCUACAGCCACAUCCACGAGUGCAACAAAGACAUCGACGAGCAGUGCAACACCAGCAACAUGCACAAACGCCUCGAACUCACGCCGCUGCUGGAGCGAGGGCUUCGACAUCGACACCGACUUUGAUCAGACGUGGCCAGUGACGGGGCGCACGGUGUCGUACGAAUUGACUAUCACCAAUACCACACUCGCACCCGAUGGAUACGAGCGUCUGGUCUAUGCUGUCAAUGGACAGUAUCCAGGUCCCACGAUAUACGCCAACUGGGGUGACACCAUUUCCGUGACAGUCAAGAAUGAGUUGGAAAACAACGGAACUUCCAUCCACUUCCAUGGGAUGCGAAUGUACCACAGCAACGCACAAGAUGGUGUGCCAGGGCUCACAGAGUGUCCUAUCGUGCCGGGCGGCCAGAAGACAUAUACUUUUACUGCUACACAAUAUGGCACGAGCUGGUAUCACUCGCAUUUUUCGUCCCAGUACGGCGAUGGUGUUCUUGGCCCCAUCGUCAUCUACGGACCGGCUACUGCGGACUACGAUGAAGAUCUCGGACCGCUGACAAUCACGGAUUGGUACUAUCCUACAGUCGGGACGACUUCUCUCCUGGCCAUGCAUCGCAACUCUCUUGCGCCUACUGCCGACAACGGCCUGAUCAAUGGCACCAUGACUUCCACUUCGGGUGGCUCGUACGCGCGUACCACCUUGACUCCGGGCAAGAAACAUCGACUGCGACUCAUCAACACCAGUGUCGAUGGCCACUUCCAGUUCUCUCUCGACGGCCACACCAUGACUGUCAUCUCCGCAGACUUUGUGCCAGUCGUUCCGUAUAAUGCUUCGUGGAUCUUCAUUGGAAUCGGCCAGCGCUAUGAUGUGAUCAUCACGGCAGAUCAGUCUCCCGGAAGCUAUUGGUUUCGCGCCGAAUCUCAAGACACUGCGGGAUGUGGCUCCAACUACAACAAUGGCAACAUUCGCUCCAUCUUUUCGUACGAAGGCCACGAGACCGAGACGCCGGCCAGCACUGCAACUCCAUAUACCCAACGCUGUACAGACGAGACUGGACUUGUAUCUUACUGGAACUCAUAUGUGCCCCAAAGCACCCUUCCCACUUUUGAACAACUGGACACCGCAAUCAACCAGUCGACCGACGCCAAUGGCUAUCUCACGCUCUACUGGCAGGUGAAUGGCACUCCCAUGAGGGUCGAUUGGGGCAACCCUACGCUCGGACAGGUCCAGGACGAUGCAGGCUUCUCGGCAUGGGGCGAACGCACCAAUGUCAUAUCUUUGCCCAACCAGAACGAGUGGACGUAUUGGGUCAUCACAGAAGGGUUUGGAUCUCCCUUUACAGUCAACAUUCCACAUCCCAUUCAUUUGCACGGCCACGACUUUUACGUCCUCGGAUCGGGCAGUAGUGCCUGGACAGAUGCCGAUCGCGAAACAUUAAACUACGACAGUCCUCUCCGAAGAGAUGUCGCCAUGCUGCCCACCAACGGCUGGUUAGCCAUUGCAUUUGAGACGAACAAUCCAGGAGCAUGGCUCUUGCAUUGCCACAUUGCUUGGCACGCAGACGACGGUUUCGCCGUCCAAUUCAUCGAGAGCCAAUCGAACAUGCUCGAAAUCGCUCCUCUUCCCGCAGAUUAUGACAGUCAAUGUGCCGCGUGGAAUGAGCACUAUCCCGAACAUGCCCCGUAUUUACAGUCGGAUUCGGGGAUAUGAAGAAUUAAAAAAAAAGAGAAAAAGAGAAAACUGAAUGAAAUAAUGGAAAAUGUUAUUUAUAUACACGGGAAUAGAGGAAGAAAUAGGCCCAUAGGGUAAAGUAAAGUAAUGUAAUGUUUUUGAGAAC